CGUCCCAGCCGCAGGCGACUGGGCGGGUGCUGUUGUGUGCCUAAUCCGACCGGACGUCACAGCAUGCUGCUCGCAUGUGCUACACCCACCCUCAGCCGGCGUGCUGCUGUGACAGCAUUCGGCUGCACGGCGGCCUCUGCGGCGUCUGCACCAUCGCACGCCCGGGUGCGGCGGAAUUUUCCCGGGCAGGAAUCCCGGCAAUCCCAUGGAGCAAACCGUGCCCUUCGAGAGAGGGUCGUACCGGACCGACGUCUUUGUCCGUCGCAUCCUUCCCUCCUCCUCUGUCAGCCGGCAGCGCACCUUUGUGGACGGUCUGCCAGCCGUGCUCGUCGUCGGCUGCCCCGCUGUUGCCUACGACUACCUCGAAAACUUGGAGGCCCUCGUGGUGAGCGGUCCGGCAGGUCGUCGUGGUCAACACCUGCGAGGCCCCGACUUCUCGCGACGGCAGGCCAUGGCUUCCCGCUGCCCAGCCUCCGGGUCCGCUGGAUAUGCGCACCGUGGCGGUGGCGGCGAGCCAGCUCGUGGCGGUAUGCGAUGCGUGUGGUUUGGGUGCUGUUCACCUCUUUGGUCACGGACUCGGCGGUGCGGUCGCGCUGCAGCUGGCAAGGCACAUGCGCACGCCGCCGCGGGGAGACGCGGCGCAGCAGCAGGAGGCGGCGCCGGAGUUCGAGGCGGUGCCUUCUUCCGCCGCCGCGCCUCGCCUCGCCUCUCUCACGCUGGCAAGCCCGUACGGCGCCCUCUCGGACAUGCGGGCGAUGCAGCAGCGCCGCAUCCGCGGCUACGCCGAGCUCGUGCCAGAGGAGGACGGCGCGCUCGAGGACGGCGAGCAGUGCGUCGUAGAGGCGAACGCGCUCACCGCAGUCCCGUACCGUGAAGCGCUGCUGGCGAAGAGCGCGAGCGAGGCGGAGGCGCUUCGGCUCGGCGGAGACGCGCUCGCGGCGAAGCUGCCACCUCCUCCGCUGCCCAUCCUGCUCUCGCACGGCGGGGACAGGGACCCUGUUGAGCCGUCGUGGGACUUGAGCACACGGUGGGGACACCUGGUUGGGGGGCAGGCGCCUCAGUGCUGGAUCUGGCCAUGCAUGCGUGGCUGUAGGCGGGACGUGGAGGAGCUGACCUACCCGUUUAGUGGCCACCUGCUCUUCCUCGACAGAGGAGCGUGAAUCGUUUAUCAACAUCAUUUUGAUUUUCAGAUUUCACAUGUCUUGCAGUACGUUGAACACCAGUACAGCAGUGCUCCAAGUGCAUGCAAGGUCGUUGUGUGUAUGUGUACAAAACGCUCAACCCUC